AUGACUCAAGAACUUACUUCAUACCAUCGGCUUGUCAAAUAUCUGUCUAAGCAAGAUAUCUUGGAUAAAUUUCUCGAAGUGAUUCCUUUGGAGAGAACCACCGGGGAAAAGAGUUCUUCCAAUGAUGGCAUUGUGAAAGCAUCAAGUACAAUUUCAGCCACGGGUGCAGCAGCCUCCUCAUUGUUUGCCGGUCAUGAUGAAGAACAGAUUCGGUUGAUGGCAGAAAAUUGUAUUGUUCUUGAUUAUAAUGACGUUCCUAUAGGUUCCGGUACUAAGAAAUUGUGUCAUAUCAUGAAAAACAUAGAUCAAGGAUUACUUCACAGGGCCUUUUCGGUGUUUUUGUUUGAUUCUCACAACAGAUUACUUCUCCAACAGCGGGCAGACGAAAAAAUCACCUUUCCUUCGAUGUGGACAAACACAUGCUGUUCGCAUCCCCUUUGCGUUCCUUCUGAAUUGGGCUUCUCCAGUUCUGCCUUCGAUGGUACCAAUAUACAUUCAUUGGAUACAGCCGUUAGAGGUGCGAAAUCUGCCGCACAAAGGAAAUUGGACCAUGAGUUGGGUAUCUCUAAUAAGGAUGUCCCGGUUACUGCCUUUAAAUUUUUAACAAGAAUUCAUUAUAUGGCUCCCAGCAACGGUGCCUGGGGAGAGCACGAAAUCGAUUACAUCUUGAUUAUCAAGUCUGAUGGUCAAGUGCACGCUAACACUAAUGAAGUCAAGGAUUAUAAGUAUGUUACUAAGCAAGAGUUGAAGCAGAUGUUCAACCGGAAAGAUUUGUUGUUUACCCCUUGGUUCAAGUUGAUUUGCGAGUCGUAUUUGUAUGAGUGGUGGGAUCAUCUUGACAAUCUUAAAAAUUACACUUCCACUACCAUUGAUAGAAUGUUAAAUAAUACUAUUUCUCCAACCCGGGCUGUCAUGACGUUAGAUACGUUCAACUUUCAUCUCUUGAGGGUGACAUUAGCACAACUAAUGAAAACUCACGGAUAUGAUCGAUCUAACAACAGAGCGUUGGACGUAAUGACCGACCUGUGCACUAAAUACCUUCGUCUUUUGACAUCGACUGUGCUCAAAUACACAGAACUACGGAAUGCUACUGAGCCAAAUAUUCAAGACCUAACUGAUGCAUUUUUGGAACUCAAGCUUAUUUCACCGGCUACAAGACUUGACGCUUUUGACAUUGACCGACUCACCUCGAAAGGAAUGGAGAAUUUUGAGAGUUGGUUCAUGAGCGAAAUGAACACGAGGCUUCGGGAAGUGGCAAGACCAGAUUUGCAAUUCGUUCAGAACGCUAUACAUGAGAAGAAACUGAAAGAUGUCAACUCAAAAAUGAGCACAUUGACGGCGGCUUUGGAUCAACAAGCACAACAGGCUCAGCAACAAAAUCCAACUCUCCCCUACCAAUAUCAACCAAGUCAGACUGGUUUAUCACCAAUGAGAGACACUAGGGGCAAAUCAAGGCAAGACAAGGAAGCAGAACACGAUGACCUCACUGUUGAUGAUGAUUGGGUAAAAUUCAUUUUGCGUCAACAACUGAAUGAGAAUCCAGAUCUUAAAUUCAAUGGCACAGUACUGAUAAAUUAUCUGCCCAAGGAUAAGUUGCCUCCAAAGAGAACAAAGCCUUGUCGGGACUUUAUAGUCGCGGGACCUACUCCAAACAGCUUGACCCCUGCGUUACCUUAUAGCGGGGAUGAGAAAAGACUGCUUAAUGAAUUGAGAGAUAAUGACAUAGAGGUCGAUAUGAAUGCCUAUGAAAGAGCCGAGGCCGCAGAAGCAGAAGGGGAAAAUGCCCCAAAUCUCACGUUUGGGACAGCAUUAUCAGCACAGCCGACCCAUAAAGACUUUUAUCCACAAGUUAACUUGGAGGAUGAUCCCGUUCAGGAGGAUUCUGGUGACCACAGCUUGAAUCUCUUUGGAUGA